GCAUGCGGCCGAGGGAUGUCUGAGGCGGGCGGCGGUGCGGCGGCGGCGGCCUCGCUGCCCCGGAGCCGCGCCGGAGGGAUGCGGGCGGCCUGGGGCUCCGUCUGGUGCCUGUGCCUGGCGGCGGCCGUCGGAGCGCUGCCGGCAGCGCGGCGGCGCGGAGCGGAGCGGAGCGGCGGGCAGGCGGCAGAAUACUUGAGGAGUGAGACCGCCUUUCUGGAAGAGUUGGUGUUUGGAAGUGGAGAUACCAUUGAACUUUCCUGUAACACCCAGAGCUCUUCUGUGUCAGUUUUCUGGUUUAAAGACGGUAUUGGGAUUGCACCUUCCAACAGAACUCACAUUGGACAAAAACUGUUGAAGAUAAUCAAUGUGUCAUAUGAUGAUUCGGGGCUGUACAGUUGCAAGCCAAGGCAUUCCAACGAGGUCCUGGGAAACUUUACAGUCAGAGUGACAGAUUCCCCUUCGUCGGGUGAUGAUGAAGAUGAUGAUGAUGAGUCAGAGGAUACAGGUGUCCCCUUCUGGACCCGGCCAGAUAAGAUGGAGAAGAAGCUGCUGGCAGUUCCUGCCGCCAACACCGUUCGUUUCCGAUGUCCAGCUGGUGGAAACCCAACUCCCACCAUCUACUGGCUGAAGAAUGGCAAAGAGUUCAAGGGAGAGCACAGGAUUGGGGGCAUCAAGUUGCGACACCAGCAGUGGAGCUUGGUGAUGGAGAGCGUUGUGCCGUCAGAUCGAGGAAACUACACCUGUGUUGUGGAGAACAAAUACGGCAAUAUUAGGCACACAUACCAGCUUGAUGUUUUAGAACGGUCACCCCACCGACCAAUCCUGCAAGCAGGACUCCCUGCCAAUCAGACCGUGGUGGUUGGAAGCAAUGUGGAAUUUCACUGCAAGGUUUACAGCGAUGCCCAGCCUCAUAUCCAGUGGCUGAAACACGUGGAAGUCAACGGCAGCAAGUAUGGACCCGAUGGGACGCCCUACGUCACAGUGCUGAAGUCUUGGAUCAGUAAAAACGCUGAAGCCGAUGCUAACCUAAAUCUGUUCAAUGUGACAGAACAAGAUGAAGGAGAAUAUCUGUGUAGAGCCAACAAUUUCGUAGGCAUAGCCGAAAAGCCAUUUUGGCUCCACAUUCGCAAACCAAAACCAGCAGAGGAGCUGAUGGAAAUGGAUGAUUCGGGCUCAGUGUACGCUGGCAUUCUCAGCUAUGGCACUGGCUUAGUCCUCUUCAUCCUGGUGCUGGUCACUGUGAUUAUCUGCAGGAUGAAAAUGCCAAACAAAAAAGCCAUGAACACCACCACUGUACAGAAAGUCUCCAAAUUUCCACUCAAGAGACAGGUAACAGUGUCGUUGGAGUCCAACUCUUCCAUGAAUUCCAACACGCCCCUGGUCCGGAUCACACGUCUCUCGUCCAGCGAUGGGGCGAUGCUGGCCAACGUCUCUGAGCUGGAACUGCCUCCAGAUCCCAAGUGGGAAUUGGCACGCUCUCGCCUGACCCUGGGGAAGCCGCUUGGUGAGGGCUGUUUUGGCCAAGUGGUGAUGGCGGAAGCAAUUGGAAUUGAUAAAGACAAGCCAAACAAGGCCAUCACUGUGGCUGUCAAGAUGUUAAAAGAUGAUGCCACAGACAAGGACCUUUCAGACCUGGUCUCUGAGAUGGAAAUGAUGAAAAUGAUUGGGAAGCACAAAAACAUCAUUAACCUCCUCGGUGCCUGCACGCAGGACGGACCACUCUACGUGUUGGUUGAAUAUGCCUCGAAGGGGAACUUGCGGGAAUACCUCAGGGCACGUCGCCCACCUGGCAUGGACUAUUCCUUCGACACCUGCAAGCUGCCCGAGGAGCAGCUGACAUUUAAAGACCUGGUUUCCUGUGCCUACCAGGUGGCCCGGGGCAUGGAGUACUUGGCAUCACAGAAAUGCAUUCAUCGUGACUUGGCAGCCAGGAAUGUGUUAGUCACUGAGGACAAUGUGAUGAAAAUAGCUGAUUUUGGCCUUGCUAGAGACGUUCACAACAUCGACUAUUACAAGAAAACCACCAAUGGUCGGCUGCCUGUGAAAUGGAUGGCUCCAGAAGCAUUGUUUGACCGGGUCUAUACUCACCAGAGCGAUGUCUGGUCUUUUGGAGUGCUACUAUGGGAGAUCUUCACUUUGGGAGGGUCUCCAUACCCGGGAAUUCCUGUUGAAGAACUCUUCAAACUCUUGAAAGAAGGCCAUCGGAUGGAUAAACCCGCCAACUGCACCCACGACCUGUACAUGAUCAUGCGAGAGUGCUGGCACGCCGUCCCCUCGCAGCGACCCACCUUCAAGCAGCUGGUGGAAGACCUGGACAGAGUCCUCACCGUGACAUCCACUGACGAGUACCUGGACCUCUCAGUGCCCUUCGAGCAGUACUCGCCCGCUGGCCAGGACACCCACAGCACCUGCUCCUCAGGGGACGACUCGGUUUUUGCACAUGACCUGCUGCCUGAUGAGCCCUGCCUGCCCAAGCACGCGCCCUGUAAUGGCGUCAUCCGCACAUGACGGCCCCUCUGGACAGACAGAUGGAUGGACAGACAGCGUGCCCACCCUGGCGCAAGCGCAGAGCGCCGAAGACAAACCCAUAGUGAAGGAUGUUUCCAUGAAACUGCUCAGUGAUGCCGGAGGAUUUUUUGUUGUUGAGCUGUUCAGGGUAAAAAAAAAAAAGAAAAACAGAUUUUUUUUUUUCCCCAUUUGCUGUAUAAAAAGUCAAGAAGCACUGUUUGGCCUGAAGGAACUCAUCUCUUGCCAAGAUGAUCUAUCCUGUAUGAUUUUUUUUUUUAAAAAAAGUUUUUAAUUUUUUUUCUUUUUUCCUAAGCAGAAUGUUAAACCUGGGGGCACUGCCCUCCUGCCUGCGCUUGCCGAGCGCCAGAGUAGCCAAUCUGUGCCUACAAUACGAAGAAGAGGAAAAAAAUCUUCCUUCUUUUUUAAAAAAAAAAAAAGAAAGAAAAGCUAAUGAAAAAAAAAAUGUAAAGAAUGUAGAAAUUCUUUGCUUAUGCAAUCUGUACAUGAACCUUUUUGGUGGAGCUGAAAAGCCACGUUGCCUGCAGGGAUUCAUAUAUUUAUAGAAAUAUCUAUAUUUUUGUUGUCGUCGUUUUUAUAGCUUCGUGACCUUAUUUCCCAACUACAUAGAAGGAAUCUUUUUCAGAAGAAGAAGAAAAAUAAAUAAAGAAUACGCAAAUCAACAUGGAGGAAGAAUUAAAAAUAAAAUAAAAAGACAGUCAAGUCAUCCUAUAGGAGAACAGCACUGCCUGGCUGCUGGCCGUGUCCCAGUGGGAUCGCACACCCAUGUGGCAUCUCGAGCUGCGUCCCAACCUGCAGGAGCAGCCAUUUUGGGGGAAAUCUUGCUUUUUGGAAGUGGGGGUUUGCAUACUUUUUCUUACAAAGGGCGAGUUGUAGGGGAGAAGCUCCUCCAGCCCUUGGCACCAGCGGUUUGGCUCCAUCUACGUGCAGUGACUUGGAGAAAGAAGUUACGGGUACCUGUAGGCAAGAGCCUUUAACUUAUAUCAAAAAGGUUUAUUCCAGAGAAUCUGUGUAUAUAUCUAUAAAUAUAUCCUGUAUAUAUAUAAAUAAAUAUAUGGGGGAAAAAAAAAGAAUGUAUAAUACUGAUUCAACAUAGAGCAGUACUGAGAGAAAGUCUCAAAAUAUGAGCAUUGCAAUCUAGGAUAUACUGAUCUGGGUGAGAGAGAAGAGUUGUGUUUGUUUUAUAUCUUCACAGUUUUGUUUUAAAAAUUGUACGUUAACAUGUAUAUUUGUAAAGUUAUUUAUAGACAUUAACAUAUCUGUUCUUCGGUUUAAAUAGAGUAGUGUUACUGUAAACUUUAAAUUUCACCGAGUUUAAGGGUGUUUUUUUUAACUUAUUAAAAAUGGAGAAAAAGUAUAUUAAUCAAGUUUUUCUUUUGUGUUUAUGGGAAAUAUUGAAAGAAUGUAUAGAUGUACAGUCCUUUAACAAAUUACAUUUAAUGUUUUUUAUAUAUAUAUAUAUAUGUAUUUGUUAAAAAAAAUAUUAGUUUAUCCUGGAUUGCAGUGAGCAAAGGUAAGUUUAUUUUUCAAUACAUCACCAGUGGUUAAAACCAAACAAAUAGCAGAGAGAUGAUUUUUACGUAUUUCAGAAAAAGAGGGCCAAGGUUUCUUCCAUCACUUUAACCACUGUGCAUUACGGGGGCGUGGGUGUUUAUUUUUCUAUUUUCGAAUGAAGGUAUUCCUUGUGGUCAAGUCAAUAACAAGCACGCAGCAAAGCAGCGUGUUGACUUUGGAUGACGCGCAUUGAUUUUUUUUUUCCCCUGUGCCAGUAACGUUGUAUUUUGGGCUUAAGAAAUACCAUACGGGCAAAAUAGCAAGAGGAGCAACAUUGUUUGCAGGGGAGAUGCAACGACUGCAUAUUUCUUUCGCAUCUAACACACUGAAAAAUGCCAGUGAUGCCGUUUUCUGUGUUCAAAAUGCUGUGCUUUUUUGUUCCUGAACGUCAGGCAGUAGUUAAAAGCACAUGAGUGAAAAAAGAACCUUCACGUCGCUCAGGCUGACAAGGGGGGAGGUUUGGGGUGGGCUUUUUUGUUUUGUUUUGUUUUGUUUUGUUUUGUUUUGUUCUGUUUUGUUUUGUUUUGUUUUGUUUUUUUGUCCAGAAGACUUUAUCUGCUACCACAAAGAGGCAAGGAGAAUUGCAUCCUGAAUUCCUCCUUUUUAUUUUUCUCUGGUGCAUAUUACAUAUCAAGGUUUCAGAGUAGCAGGACGGCAGCAUCUCAUUUCUAAGGUGUUUUUUUUUAUUUCCUUCUUAGAGCCACAAAAUCUUUAUCCUAAAAUAAAUAAUUUAUAGUUUGAGGUUAUUUCAAUGGAAGUUUGAGAAGGUAGAUUUCUAUAGAAUUUUGUUUUGUUGGGAUAAAAAAAAAAAGAUGUUUUGGUAUUUUCUUACAAAUGUCUGCUAAUUGUGUACAUUCCAAGUACUUGAAGCGUUGAGUUUCAUGUACUGAAAAAAGAAAAUGUACAAAACUGUGCAUGAUUUCAAAUGUUACUAGAUAUUAUAAAUAUAUAUAUAAUUUAUUGAGUUUUUACAAGAUGUAUCUGUUGUAGACUUGUUGACUUAACAUUUCUUAUUCAAUGCUUAUAUAGUUUUAUAGCCUGGACUAUUAUCUUUAAAAGCUUAAAAAAAAAUUAAAAUCCCAAUUUUGUUACAUUUUAUACUGUUGAUGUUACAAUCCACAGGUUUGCAUAGCGUGAUUUUUUCAACGAGCAACUCUGUUCAGUUUAUUUUAAUAAUGUACUUCUGUGCCUGACAGCUGCAGCUGUCAAAGGUAUGAGACAAACACUAAAUAAAAACUAUUCUGCCUUUGUUAA